AUGAGUGUUUAUAUUCGGGGAUUCGUUCAGUUAGGUGUGCGAAACUAUGCCACUCGCAGGAAGGUCUCCAACUCGUUCCGCAAGAACAAGGCUCUGGAGAACCCCAAAAGACACACCGGUACACCUCCAUACAAGAAGGAUCCAAGGCCCAGGCGAGAAGCGGAACGCGAGAAGCCCAAAGUUGAGCCUCAUGCCUUCAAGAUUGGCCGGUAUCCAGGUUUGAAGCUCCCGGAUGAAGACAGGGUCAAAGGUCUUCAUGGACUAGUCUCCAAGAUAGAUGACUUCAGAGCCCUAAGACUAUUACCUGAGAUCAGAGACGUGAUGAUUCAAGAGCUGAGUGAAUCGACCGUUUUGAAAACGCAAAACUUCAUCAGUCCAACCAAGAAAGUGAAGUCAGACGAGGAACUUCACGGGCUGAAAAUCAGGCCUACGCCAAUCCAAAUCGCUGCUAUCAAGUCUAUACAGGCUACUAGAGUACCUGCUAACGACAGGAAAGUUUUCACACUCGCUGCCGAGACCGGCUCGGGCAAAACAUGGGCUUAUUUGGCCCCAUUAUUGCACAAACUCAAAGAAGAACAGUUGACGCCUGAAUGGGGAGGUAGAGCUCAUAAAGCAGCUAUUCGCUCGGUGAUCCUUCUCCCCACCCACGAGCUGGUGGACCAAGUCUACGAGGUGGUUAGUAAGGUUGCAGUCAAGCUGGAACUUAAUGCGUUCAGAUGGGAUACAGAAUCAAACUUUAAGGUGUUUCUGGAGAAUUUCAAAAGCAGAAUUGACAUCAUGGUGACGACUCCUGCUAAGCUACUUUCAUUGACCAAGUAUGACUCCAUUGGCAGCGCUCAGGCUUUGCUACAGAGCGUGAGAUAUUGUGUUGUUGAUGAGGCUGAUACUCUUAUGGACAAGUCGUGGAUUGAUGACACAAGGCCUUUGCUCAAUCACAUGCAAUAUCUAGUAGAUUUGGUGUUUGUUUCAGCCACCAUUCCUAGUGAGUUUAAUAAGACCAUGGGCAGAGUGGCUCCGAACGCUAUUCCAGUGACAACUCCCUCGCUCCAUAGGCUUCCUGCUGCUAUAGACUUCAAGAUUGUUGAUGCCUCUGUUUCUCCUUAUAAGGGCUCCAAGAUCAAGGCUCUGGCGCAGGCCUUGUACUCCAUUCACUGUGAUGGAACUGAGAAGGGCUACGAAAAGCGGGUCAUUGUUUUCACCAAGGAGAAGACUGAAUGUGAGAUUGUUGCUACAAAACUCAGGAACAUGUUUGGCCAUGAUGUCGUGGCUGUGAGCAGUCAGGAUCCUGUUGAAGAAAGAAGGGCCAAAGUCAAGGCCUUCGUUGAGCCUCCUCGUAAGCUUGAGGAUACAGAAACUCCUCCAUUGAAGGUUCUAGUGUGCACGGAUCUGCUAGCCAGAGGAAUGAACUUUGUUGGUAUCCGAAACGUUAUCCUUUGGGAUGUUCCGAAUACUUCCAUUGAUCUUAUUCACCGGGCUGGUAGAACUGGUAGAAUGAACCAGUCUGGUAGGGUGUUCAUGAUCAUUGAUAAAAAGACGCAGAGCUUGAUCAAGGGUUUGCCCAAAGUAUUGAGGUAUAGAAGGAGACUUGGUUGA